UAGUUUCUCUGUUGGCAACCAUGAUGGUGGUGAGGUAGGGAUUUGGCCAGCAGUGUUAUGGUGUCCAGUCACCAGCUUUGGAGGUGUUGGAAGCAGGUGGGUUGGUUGACUGCUUUCUGAUCUCUGGGUCACUUCCACGCAGGUGCGCCCAGCGCGCCCAGUGACGGCCCCCUGAUUCUCCACUGCCCUGGCUGAGACAAGAUCUUCCAGGGUGCUAUAGGAGCUUUUCUCAGAAGCCCAGGCAAGAACCCUUUCAUCCAGCCCUUGCUGCAGUUUUAACUCCAUUGGAAAGGUUUUGGAAAGAAAUGAAGAAAACCAUCAGAAAUGAAGUCAGCAACUUCACGGCCUUCUAUUGACUAGAGUGGAGUUUUAUUACUGCAGUGUUUUGGAACGACACUGUGCAGGAUGUCUACUGAGGUCAUCCAUCAGGUUGAAGAGGCCCUUGAUGAAGACGAGAAGAAAAUGCUUCUUUUUUUGUGCCGGGACAUUGCUGCAGAUGUUGCUCCGCUUAAUGUCAGGGACCUUUUGGAUAUUUUAAGUGAGAGAGGAAUGCUGUCUGCCAUGGGCUUGGCUGAGCUGCUCUACAGGGUGAGGCGGUUUGACUUGCUCAAGCGGAUCUUCAAGAUGGACAGAAAAGCCGUGGAGACCCACCUGCUCAGGCACCCUCGCCUUAUUUCAGACUAUAGGGUGCUGAUGACAGAGAUUGGUGGUAAUCUGGAAAAAUCUGAUCUGUCCUCAUUAUUUUUCCUCAUGAGGGAUUAUAUUGGUCGAAAAAAGUUAGCCAAGGAUAAGAGUUUCCUAGAUCUUGUGAUCGAAUUAGAGAAACUAAGUCUGAUUGCUCCAGAUCAAUUGGAUUUACUAGAAAAAUGCCUGAAGAACAUCCACCGAGUAGACCUGAAGACAAAAAUCCAGAAAUACAAGCAGUCGGCUCAAGGAGCUGGAACAAGUUAUACAAAUGCACUUCAGGCAUCAUUCCCAAAUCUGAGUCUUAAGGAUCCUUCAUGUAACUUAAGGCUCCAGAAUGGGAGAAGUAAAGAACAAAGACUCAAUGUGGGACAACUUGACCUUCAAAGAGAAUCAGUGAAGGCGUCCAUCCAGGAAUCAGGAGCAUUUCUACCGCGGCACAUACCAGAAGACAGCUACAAGAUGCGGAGCAAGCCUCUAGGAAUCUGCCUAAUAAUUGACUGCAUUGGCAAUGACACAGCGUUUCUUCGGGACACCUUUACUUCCCUGGGCUAUGAAGUCCAGUAUUUCUUGUAUCUGAGUGUGGACAGUAUAAUCCAGAUACUUCGCCAAGUUGCCCGCAUGCCCCAACACCAAGACUACGACAGCUUCGUGUGUGUCCUGGUGAGCCGAGGUGGCUCCCAGAGUGUGUUUGGCGUGGAUCAGACACACUCAGGGUUCCCUUUGGAUCAGAUCAGGAGGAUGUUCAUGGGAGACGCAUGCCCUUCUCUCUUAGGGAAGCCAAAGCUCUUUUUUAUUCAGAACUAUGUGGCAUCAGAGAGCCCACUGGACAACAGCAGCUUGCUGGAGGUGGACGGGCCAGAGCUCAACAACUUGGAAUCCAAAGCCAAGCAGCCUGGGCCAUGUACCAUCCACCGAGAAGCUGACUUCCUCUGGAGCCUGUGCAAGGCGGACGUGUCCCUGUUGGAGCGGUCCUCCAGCUCUCCAUCGUUGUACCUGCAGUGCCUUUCCCAGAAACUGGGGAAAGAAAGAAGACGCCCACUCCUAGAACUCCACAUCGAACUCAACAGCAGUGUGUAUGAUUGGAAUAGCAGAGUGUCUGCUAAGGAGAGGUACUACGUCUGGCUGCAGCACACUCUGAGAAAGAAACUUAUCCUCUCUUGCAAAUGAACAGCCAAAAGCCUUUCCUGGCCCUGCCGUCUCCACCGCUAGCCAGGAGUAGUUUUCAAGUGAGUGUAUGUGUCAUGUGCAUAAGGUGAGGUCCCAGUAUGUGCCGAAAUGAGCUUCUGUGAGGAAUGUUGUCAGGAAGGUGUGUUUGAACUAAAGCCUCUGGGUCGAAGGUUUUGGCCUCUGUUGCUGAAAGCUUGUCAAGCCAGUGUUAGGAAGGAAAUGGCUGUGAAACUUGAAAAACCAAGUUCUGGUUGAGUUGGGUGCCUCAGGAUUAUGUUGCUUUCCUUCGUGCAAUCAAGUAAACCGGACCCAUGGAGAUUUGGUUGUAGUCACAGUCUGUUAGCCUGUGGGUAUCCGCGCUCCAAUAGAAAAGUAAAAAAAACCACAACACGACAAAACAAGGAAACAUAACAUACACUUACAACCUUACCUACCACGAACCACCACAGUUAACGUACAAUUCUUUUUCUGUACCCAAGAAAAAAAUGCCUGAAUGUGAAGUCAGGGCGGCGGUCAUCCUCUGUUCAGGCUACUAUGACAAAGUACCAGAGAUGGGAGGUCUUAGGGAAACACCUACUUCUCACAGUUCUAGAGACUGGGAAGUCCAAGAUCAGGGAGCUGGCAGGUCUGGUGUCUGAGGAGGACCCACUUCGGGGUCUGCUGAUGGCCAUCUUCUCGCUGUGCCCUCUCAUGGCGGAGGGCAGAGAGAGGAAGCAAGCUGUCUUGUGAUAGCUCCACGUUCAUGACCUGAUUACCCCAAAUGCUCUGCCUCCUAAUAUCAUCACAUUGAGAGUUAGGGUUUCAGACUAUGAAUUUGGUGAGGGACACGAACAUUCAUUCAGUGCAUAGCCAUGGCUUUAUAAUUUGAGAUUGCUUGUCUGUCUAGGACUGAAGUGCUAUCUUACAGCUAAUCACGUAACCUUUCUUUCUAAGAUUUGAUGAGAUGACCUAAAGCAGAUCAUUAUUUAAAAUAUUUAAAGUUUUUAAAAAAAUUAUUUAUUUUUAUAUGUUUUGACUUGAUGUUAAAUAGUGUGUAUCUCUAUGUGUAAAUGCAGUAAAAUAUUUCAAAUCUUAUAAUAGCCCCAAAUUGAAAAUUGGCCAAGUGUUCAGUAAUAAGGCUAUGGUUAUGAUGAUAUGUUCAGUGGUUGGUGUUUUAUGUGACCAUUAAAAUUAUGUUUAUAAAUAA